AUGCCAUGCUGGACAGCGCAGGUGGACAUGGUCCAAUGUUCUGAGUGCGCGGGGACAGCCCGCGGGAGGGGCCGCAGCCAGUGGCUCCAGAUGGACUUGCCUGGCCGUGGACGCGGGCGCUUGAUGGCCAACGGCGCGGCGCUGCUCAACGAUCUCCGCGCCAGCACGGGGGCUGCCAUUGAGCUCCCAGCAGCGCGGGAGGGGCAGCAGCUGCUCGCCUUCGGCACGCUGGAGCAGCAUCGCCGCGUGGCCGCGGGGCUGCGGGUCAUUCUGGCCGGAGGGGAUGCCGUCGCCCUAGCCGCCGAGUUGGCCGGCUCACGGUGGCCGGCGUUGCGUCUGGAGUAUGCUCAGCGAGCUCCUCGGUACUCCUGCAGCACCAGUGCGACUCCAGCAGCAUCAGCGCCGUCACCAGCUGCACCACGACCGACGAACACGACCCACGUCACGACGACGGGCGGCAACAACACCGCGGGCAGAGAGACUGGGAGGGGCGGCAGUGGCGGCGAUCCCAUAGGAGGAGAGAGGGAAGGCAGUGGAGGAAUGGCACGACUGGGAGCGAUGGAGGGCAGUGGAGAUUGA